AUGAACCAUUUGGGAAUUGAGUUUUCCGAAUACACACAGGAGGUAGAUCGUAAACUAGUAGCGUAUGCGACCAACAAGCCAAUCGAGAUUCUAGGAGUGUUCAGCGCGGUUGUUAGAGCAGGAGAGAAGCAAGCGGAUGCGAGGUUCUACAUUGCACAGCAGGGGCAACGUAAUUUACUCGGCGACAAGACAGCAAAACAAUUAGGAGUACUGAAGGUUGGUUUCGACGUCGCGUCAGUAAAUGAUGCCGAAUCGGCCGGUUUUCCGAAGAUUAAGGGUGUCGUUGUUGAGAUCCCCAUUAACGAAUCUGUCCAACCAGUACAGCAAGGGUACAGACGAGCGCCGAUUGCUUUGGAAGGGAAAAUUUUUGAUAAACUGAAGUCACUACUGGAUAAGGACAUAAUAGAAAAGGUUCAUGGCCCAUCGGCGUGGGUUUCCCCGAUGGUGCCAAUAGUGAAAAACUCCGGCGAAGUAAGAAUCUGCGUGGAUAUGAGACGUGCCAAUCAGGCUAUCCUUCGAGAGUCGCAUCCACUACCACUCAUUGAAGAAAUGUUAGGAGGUUUGGGAGGGGCCAAAAAGUUUACUAAACUGGACAUCAAGGAGGCCUAUCAUCAACUUGAACUUUCGGAAAAAUCACGAUCAAUAACAACUUUCAUUACAAAGUAUGGCCUAUUCAGAUAUAAGCGCGUUAUGUUCGGAAUUUCAUGUGCUCCUGAACUUUUUCAAAAGGUUAUGGACACAAUUUUGGCCGGAUUGGAAGGUGUUGUAGUUUAUUUGGACGAUAUUUUGCUUUUUGGUGGUACGCAGGAAGAACACGACAAGCGUCUGGAAGCCUUGAUGAAAAGAUUGAAUGAAUAUGGGGUCCUUCUGAACUUGGAGAAAUGUGUGUUCAACGUUGAUAGGCUUGAAUUUCUCGGCCAUGAACUGUCACCUCAAGGAAUAAAACCAAUACAGAGUCGCGUGUUGGCAAUUCAGCAGUUUCGGGAACCAGCUAACGCUGCGGAACUGAGAAGUUUUCUUGGUUUAGUUACAUACGUGGGUCGUUUUAUUCCCCAUUUAGCGACCAAAUCUGAUCCUCUUCGCGUGUUGUUAAGAGCAGGAAACAAAUUUGUUUGGACAAAAAGUCAGCAAUCAGCGUUUGAGGACAUAAAACGAGCGAUCUGUAAUAUAAGUCAUCUGGGAUUUUUCGAUCCCCGAGACAAAACAAUCUUGACUGCAGAUGCCAGUCCAUCAGGUCUUGGUGCAGUUUUACUUCAAGAAAAUGCCAAUGGUUCAAAGAGGAUUAUUGCCUAUGCUAGCAAAUCGCUAAACGAAUUGGAGCGCAAGUAUUUUCAAACCGAAAAGGAAGCUUUAGCUUUGGUUUGGGCAGUCGAUAGGUUUAACUUAUAUCUACAGGGAACGCGUUUCAAAUUAAUAACCGACUGUAAACCUUUGCUAUUUUUGUUUAGUCCUCGAUCCAAGCCAUGUGCACGGUUAGAACGGUGGGUCCUGAGACUACAGUCUUACAGUUAUGAGAUAGUUCAUGAACCUGGAAGCACUAACUUGGCCGACGCACUAUCCAGACUGUCACAAGCAGAUAAUUCUCAUUUUGACAAUGAUAAUGAAAAUUACGUACAAUUUUUAACCAAGGCUUCGUCACCAGUUGCUGUAAAGGUCGAAGAAAUCAAAGCCAAAUCAAAAGACGAUGAAGUAAUCCGUGAUGUCGUAUUAGCGCUUAACGGAGAAUGUUUAACGGAACGUGCAAAGUCAUUCAAGCCUUAUAUGACGGAAUUGUGCGUAUCAGAAGACGUGUUGUUAAGGGGAGAGAGGAUCGUCAUUCCACACUCUCUACAGGAUCGCAUUCUAAAUCUGGCACAUGAAGGACAUCCUGGUAUUGUCGUAAUGAAACGGCGCUUGCGACAAAAAGUCUGGUGGCCCAUUAUGGAUAAACAAGUUGAAAUAUUUGUCAAAAGCUGCAAAGAAUGUACCCUGGUAUCCUCUUUAUCUCCGCCGGAGCCAUUGAUUCGAACUAAAAUGCCGGAUAAACCAUGGACCCACAUCGCUAUUGACUUUAUGGGACCACUUCCUUCCGGCCACAACUUAUUGGUUCUUGUUGACUACUUUAGUCGCUUCAUUGAAGUAGUUAUCAUGCGAGAAAUAACAGCAAAGCUAACGAUUCAAGCACUACAUGAAACAUUUUGCCGUUAUGGAAUACCGGAAACAAUGAAGACAGAUAAUGGUCCGCAGUUUGUGAGUGAGGCAAUGGAUCAGUUCUGUGAAGAAUUUGGAAUUAAUUUAAUGAAAACCUCGCCAUAUUGGCCUCAAGCUAAUGGAGAAGUGGAGAGAGCUAAUAGGGCACUCAAAAAGCGACUUCAAAUCAGUCAAGAAAUGUCAAAUCCCGAUUGGAAAUGUGAUCUUAGAAUGUACCUUUUAAUGUAUAAUUCCACACCUCACUCCACCACUGGAGUAGCUCCAUCGGCGUUGAUGUUUGGAAGGGUUCUCCGUGACAAACUUCCCGAAAUGCGUACGUUAGGAACCAAGUUGGUAGAGGACGUAAUGGACCGCGACCGUGAAAAGAAGCUGAAAGAGGCAGAGUAUGCAGACAAACGCAGACAUGCCCAACCGAGUCAAAUUAAAGCAGGGAACACAGUGAUUGCUAAGCGUAUGAUUAAGGCCAAUAAGUUGUCCAGUAAUUUCAGUCCCGAAGAAUUAGAAGUGCUGUAUCGGACUGGUUCCGAUGUUGCAGUAAGAUCAAAAGAGUCUGGAAGAAUUCUACAUCGGAACGUGUCUCACCUUAAACCUGUUGUAUCUGGUUAUCAUACAACGGACCAAGGCAGUAGCAGUGCUCAAGAAACUACUGAAGAUUCGGAAGCAAUAUCAAACCACCAAGCAGCUCCGGAAACAGUAGUUCUCAAACAGAGACCUCAACGAGCUCUUCGGCAGCCUAGGUAUUUAAAUGAUUUUCAAGUGAAUAUUGUUCGAAACAUGAAGGAAAAGGAGGGAAUGUAG